AGGCCAUCGCUAGUAGGUUGGAGGCCAUUGCUACUAGGGUGGAGGCCGACGCCACUGGGGUGGAGGCCAUCGCUCUUAGAUUAUGUUUGACUUGGACAUGAGGAAGACAUUUUUGACAAAAAGAACACAUGAGAACACUGACGGCCGCUGUUUCUCAGCACCCCUUGGGGCAUUUGGGUGUCCGUGUGUUCGCCUGCAUCCUUUGGGGGCCAUGCGGGUAGCAGAUGCUUUAUUUCGGAGGGAUAUGCUCGGGCCCAGCUUCCUGAACCUGAUGACCUCGUGGACGGGCUUGCUUUUGAUCGAGAAAGUGGUCAUGGAAUUCCUCAUGCCUUUGAUGAUUCCGAGUAUUGAGGCCUUUGAAUCCUUCAUGGGACGGCGCUUGGCUGUCGCUAUCCUGGCCACUAUGAAUUCCACCGUCUCCUUUUGGGGCUUUGGACUCCUUUUUGCCCUCCCGGCGCUCUUCAAAGUGAGACGUUGGAAGAUCCAGGCAAACAAAGACCUGGACACGAACAUGCUCUUUGAGUCACUGCCCCUGAUUGCAUGCAACUUCACCAUGCAGGUUUUUGUAGGGCUGCCGGCGAUGUGGUUUGGACUACCACAAUCUUCCUAUGACUGGCAUAGGUUGCCAACGACAGACAUUUUGGCAAGAGAUGUCUUUGUCUGGCUAUUGGUAGAAGAGGUUUGCUUCUUUUAUGUGCACAAGUGGCUCCAUGAGAACAAAGAGAUGUACGCGGCUGUGCAUAAGAUUCACCACACCUGGACUGCUCCGAUAUCUCUUGUGGCCAUUUAUUGUCAUCCCUUCGAGCACUUGGUGUCCAACAUCUUGCCGGUCAUGUUGGGUCCAAUGAUUUGUGGGUCGCAUGUUGCAGCUGUGGGUGUGUUUUUGUUUGUUGGCACUAUCCACACUCUUAUUGUGCACUCAGGGUACUGGUUUUGUGACGACAACGGCAUGCAUGAUGAACAUCAUGCCAAAUUUAAUGUGAAUUUUGGAGUCAUGGGCCUUAUGGACAGCAUUUAUGGGACGUAUCGGCUGCCUCCCGGCGCCCGCGUCUCCAAAUAAGCGCAGGAAUGCUGGAAGCGUCUCCAAAAGAGCUCAAGGUUUGAAGAUGUGUUUGGUGCCCGCUAGGUGUCAGCUUUGAUAGGCAUCCUCGCAAGUUCCAUUUUCAUUGAGAUGCGGACAAGAGUUUCAGGCUUCC